AUGGCGGCCGCCGCGGGAGAUGAUGCCCCCAUCGCCGGCGUUCCGGCGUUCCUCGAGGAUUAUAGCGCCACCAUCCCCGCCUCCCUCACCGCCCGCGCCUCCCUCACCGCCCCCGCCGGACCGCAAGCCGAGCCGCACCCGAAGUCCCUCGAGUGCCCGAUCUGCCUCGAGGUGACGGAUUGCGCACAGCACCAGUGCCGCGAGGGCCACACCUUUUGCGCCGGCUGCGACGCCCGGCUGGUCUUUCCUCGCCGGUGUCCGGCGUGCCGCAUGGCUCUCGGCGCGCUCGACCAGGCGAUCCGCAACCGCAGCCACGAGGAGCGGAUUGCGGUGCUGCCGGCGGCGUGCGCGCACUGCGGGCUGCCGACGACGCGCGGCGAGCUCGGCCGGCACGAGCUCGGCUGCCCGCAGCGGCCGAGGUCGUGCGCGGCGGCAGAGGCUGGUUGCACGUGGUCGGGGAUGGUGGCAGACAAGGCGGCGCACGAGGCGACGUGCCCCCUCGCCGUGUGCCAGCGCAUGCUGGCGCCGCUCAGGGCGCGCGUGGUUGCGCUCGAGGCCGAGCUGCGGUCUCAAGGUGCAGAGAACGAGCAGCUUCUCUCGCGGCUGGCGGCGCUCGAGGCUGGCGAGGCGGGCGAGGGGGCGGCGCCGAGCGACGCGGCGGUGCAGGAGAUGGACUUGGCGGCGGCGAUGUCGGCACUGCGGGCGCAUGCGUCAGUCCCUCGCGUCGCCGCCGCCGUUGGGGAACGGCUGGCGGAUCUGUGCGCGGACGAGCGCAGCAGGCAGGCGGCCGCGGAGGCGGGCGCGAUCGAGCUGGUGAUGGCGGCUCUGCGCACUCACAGCGAGGAGAGGGUGCAGUGCAAGGGGUGCGCGGCGCUGGGAACCAUUUGCAGCGGCACCGAGGGCGGCGCGGAGGGGAGGCAGCAGCGCGCGGCGGACGCGGGCGCGCUCGAGGCGGUGGUGGCGGCGAUGCGCGCGCACCCGCAGUCGGCGAGCGUGCAGUGGAGCGGCGGCUCUGCGCUGGCAAACUUGUGCGGCGACUUCGAGGCCGGCGCUCCGCGCGAGCAGCGCGCGGCCGGGGCGGGCGCGUUCGAGGCUGUGGUGGCGGGGAUGCGGACUCACCCGCAGCACGCCGGCGUGCAGGAGGCGGGGUGCGAGGCGCUGGCGAACAUGUGCAGCGGGGACGACGCGGUCGGCGCGGCCUGCGAGCAGCGCGCGGUGAGGUCGGGCGCAAUCGAGGCUGCGGUGGCGGCGAUGUGCGCUCACCUUCAGGAGGAGGGGGUGCAGGAGUGGGGCUGCACCGCUCUGACCGAGAUGUGCAGCGGCAGCGACGACGCCGCCGCCGCCCGCGAGGAGCGCGCGGCGGACGCGGGCGCGCUUGAGGCGGUGGUGGCGGCGAUGCGCGCGCACCCGACGAACGCGGGCGUGCAGGAGGAGGGCAUCUCUGCCCUGACGAUGCUGUGUGGCGACGCGGUGCCCUCGCGGGAGGCGCGCGCGGCCGAGGCGGGCGCGAUCGAGGCGGUGGUGGCGGCGAUGCGCGCGCACCCGACGCACGCGGGCGUGCAGGCCGAGGGCUGCCACAUGCUGUACGCGGUGUCUGCGAGCGACGACGCGCCGAACGACGUGGCGCGCGCGCGGGCUGCGGAGGUCGGCGCGCUGGAGGCGAUGGUGGCGGCGAUGCGCGCGCACGCGUACGACGUGGAGGUGCAGGAGAAUGGCUGCUGGGCGCUCGCCAACGUGGUUGGGCAGGGGCGGGUUGCCGACAGCGAGUCGAGCGACGCGGUCGGGCGCUCGCGGUCUUCGUUUCUGAUGGCGUGCGCUCGCGCGCAGCGCGCAGCCGCGAGCUCUGCGAUCGAGGCCGUCGUGGCGGCGCUGCGCGCACACCCGCGCGAGGCGGGCGUGCAGGAGAACGGCUGCCUCGCGCUGGCAAAGAUCUGCAUCAGCGGCGACGGCGCCGGGCGCGCGCGGAAGCAGCGCGCCGUGGAGCUGGGCGCGCUCGAGGCUGCGACCGCGGCGCUGCGGGCUCACCCGCACAAGCGGGACGUCCAGGAGCAGGCGCAGGGCUUGUGCUACAUGCUCGCCGUUGUCCCGCGCCAGUCAGGAGCAGGAGGACCCUCGCGGCCGGUGCAGCACUUCUAG